AUGGACGAGCCACCGCCAGACGAACCAGAGUCGAGCCAGCCCAAACUGUCCACGAUCCUCAACGACGCCUCCUCCCUCCUCCUCCUCCUCGACGCAGCCGCAAACAAGCUCGCACUCGUUCUCAACCCCUCCAAACCAGCCUACAAAGCAUCUCUCCCGCUCCUCCACGACAUCGCCAAACACACCUCCGCCCUCCUCCACUGCAUCACCCUCGUCCGCCCAGAGCAGCACGGCAGCACCCUCCGCCUCCACUUUGCCCGCCACAUCAAGAACGUCAUCGACGCCCUCCGCCAGCUCCUCCACAUCUUCCUCGACCACGCCGCGGGCCGCACACCAGCCCAGAGCUACCUUAUCCAGACAGACACUCUCCACGGUCUCGUCGAGAUCGCACGUGCCAAGUCGGGCAUCCAGCGCACCAACCUCGCAGCUGUCAGAACAGCUUGGAGAGAUGACCACGAAUCCCUCAAAGAUUGCGUCGAGGAGGUGGAGGGUAUGAUCAGCAAAUCAGACAGACGAGACGCGGGCGAGGAUGAUGACGAGGACUUUGACGAUGGCUGGGACGAAGUCAUGGGCGACCUCGACAUGUCAGAUAGCAAACUAGACGACCAGGGAGUCCACCGCGCCACCAACGUCCGCGAUAUCCUCCGCUCCUCCGUCUCCAUCCACGAACAGGUCCUCUCCCGCUUCCUCAUCCUCCCUCCCUCGUCCGUCCCGACAAGCUCCAAAUCACCACGCCCGCGCCCGCCCAACUCGGCACUCGACGCGCUCUACCCGUCCUCGGACGCGCUCCUCGUCGCGUCCGACGAUCUCGCCAGCACGCUCUACGCCCCCCACCAGCCCCCCGCCAUGCUCACGCAGCUGGACGAGUUCACGUCCGUCGUGCGGACACUGCAGACCCGCCUGCAGCCGUUCGUCGCCCCUACGCCAUCCGCCGACGAUCUCGCCCAGAAGCUCGGCGAGAUGCAGGUCUCGGACGAUGCACAACGCAAGGACCGCGAAUCUGCGCGCAAGGACUUUGAAACGCGGUUCUCAGACUUGUUCAAGCGAGCCGACGAGUUUCGAAGUUCGCUCCAACAAGAACUCGAGGUCGGAUAA